CUUUAAAGCAUUUAGCACAGUGUCUGGACCCAUGGUAGAUGCUUAAUAAAUGGCAGCUAUAUCAAUAAUAAUAAUUUUAUUGAAUGAACCCUUUGCCAGUCUACAAAAAAACGAUAUGGGGAGGAUAAGGAAGGGUGAUAAAAUUAACUGAUUCUAAGUGUGUAUGAGAUAGAUUACAUUAGGCAGGGGUGCCACGAGGAUUAUUAUGAUAGUGACCUUGUUGCUAAGUGCAAAAGCAAAACAAUGACAUAGAAACAAGUGUGCUAAGUACUGAGUGGAGGAGAGACAUGGAGGCAGACGCUGCAGGGGGAAAAAAAGACUGAUUAAAAAGGGCCCUUUGAUUCCACAGGCACAAAAAUUCCACAGCCAGGAAUUUGCUACCACCUCUGAGUCAGGCCCGUGUGGGGGUGGGGUGCACAAUCCCAUUAAUAGAGAAUGCCUAGUGGGUUUAGUCUGUGAGAGUCACAUUUCUUAUUUGGACCAGUGUAGACGGAAGUAAACCCAGCUCACUUGUUUCCUGGGACAGUUGAGUUAGGGGAUGGCUUUUGCAGAGCAUUCACCACUGACCCCUCACCGUCGGGACCUCUGUAGCCGCUCUAUCUGGCUAGCAAGGAAGAUUCGUUCAGACCUGACUGCUCUUACGGAAUCUUAUGUGAAGCAUCAGGGCCUGAACAAGAACAUCAACCUGGACUCUGUGGAUGGGGUGCCAAUGGCAAGCACUGAUCAUUGGAGUGAGCUGACCGAGGCAGAGCGACUCCAAGAGAAUCUUCAAGCUUAUCGUGCCUUCCACGUUUUGUUGGCCAGGCUUUUAGAAGACCAGCAGGUGCAUUUUACCCCAACUGAAAGUGACUUCCAUCAAGCUAUACAUACCCUUCUUCUCCAAGUUGCUGCCUUUGCUUACCAGAUAGAGGAGUUAAUGGUACUCCUGGAAUACAAGAUUCCCCCCAGUGAGGCUGAUGGGAUGCCUAUUGGUGUUGGAGAUGGUGGUCUCUUUGAGAAGAAGCUGUGGGGCCUAAAGGUGCUGCAGGAGCUUUCACAGUGGACAGUGAGGUCUAUCCAUGACCUUCGUGUCAUUUCUUCUCAUCAGACUGGGAUCCCAGCACAUGAGAGCCAUUAUAUUGCUAAGGAGAAGAAAAUGUAGCAGUUGGUCCCUUCUCUCUUCCUUGCUUUCUUUUCUAAUGGAAUAUACAUAGUUCCCUGGGGCCUCACUUUCCCAUCUCAAAUUUCUGAAAAUGAUUAAGACUACAGGCAUUUUUUUU